AUGAUAGCAAAUGUUAGUUGUGGCUUUUUGACAUAUUGUUAUAUUUUUGUAUUACAUCAAAUUGAUAUAAGUCUUAAGAUUAAAUUGGAAAAUCAGCUUUUACAAUUAGAUAAAUUUGAACCUUUAGAAUUUUGCAUAAGAGUACCUAAAACUACAAAAAAUCAAUCUUCUAAUAAUAAAAAUAACUUAACAAUUUUGGAUGAUCUAUAUGAUUUUUCUAUAUCACGAGAUAGUAACAACAAACCUCAAGAUAAUUCAAGUGAAUUUCAAAGUUUGGAAUAUGAAAAUUUGAACUUUAGUUAUAUUGAUGAAAACUUUGAAGAGUCUAAUUAUGAUGAUUUAAGCUAG